AUGACAUCUGAAGAAGGUUUGAGACAUCGAAAGGAUUCUUUAUCGGUGAGUUCGGAGAAAUUGAACAACAACGUUUUUUAAAAAUCUAAUUUGAAUUUCAUUUCAGGAAGAUAAUGAUUCGGAGUUUGAUGAUCAUGAGAUGAAAGCGAUUGUGAAUGAUAUUGAACAGGAUAAAAUCAAUGAGGUGAAAGUUGAGACGAGAUGGGGGUGAGUUAGGAUAACUUGAUUAUCUUACAAAAUUUUUUAGAACUUUGGAUUUUUCAAAAUUUCUAGAUUACUGUUCAUUACUGUAUUUUAAAAAUUCAAAACUACGAUUUUUCUCUGAAAGUUAAGGCUGAAAGUGUUUCCGAAUCAUAUAAUUUUGAGAAAAUAAAAAUCAAAAAAAUAAAAAUAUUUAUUUCCAAGUUUUUGAAAAUUCUGCCGGAACUAUUUUUUAAAUGAUCCAAAUCCUUUUUUUUUCCAGCGAGGUCAAAUCAACGCUCACCGAAUGGGGUGAAACCGCCUCAUUUCACGGUAUUCCACAUUUGGCACAAGCUCACACAUUCACAUCAAUCAUAGUUUGGGCAACUCUUCUUAUUUUUUGCGGUUUCGGCUUUUUCUACAUGUUUACAACGAUUUUGACACAAUAUCUUGCAUUUGAUGUAGUCGUCAAUUUGAAUGUAAGAAGUUCCGAACAUUUAGAAAAAAAUUGAUUUUUUUUCAGUCUGGAUUGGAAUCCUCACUUUUCCCAAGUUUAACAUUUUGCAAUACGAAUCCUUACAAACUCAGCAAAAUGACAGCAGUUCCAGAAUUAUAUGCCCUUGUAAGAUAACUUCACAAUAUUUUCUCAAAAAAUAUAUAAAAAUUUCCAGCUAACCGUCUAUCAAUCAGCAUCCGAUGGCACACUAUCAUAA